CCGGAAACUUGCGCGUAUAAACUUCCAAGAGUCUCUUCGUCAUCACUUCUUCAGGAAGCCAAGUCCAGUCAAAACUUUACACCUCAGGCCUGCACCUUCCAAAGUCCAAAUCCAAAGCUCUUAUUGCUCAAUUUUCUUCUUCUCCUUCCUACCCCUUUUAAUUAGCUUCCCUGUUUCCCCUUCUUCUUUAACCUUGUAUAUGCACACAGAGGGCCAUUAGCCUCCAAAUUCAUCAUACCCAGAAAGCGAAAUUGAAAAUCAAGACAUGGGGUUUUCAUCAAAAGAAGAGAAAUCGAAAAGGGUGUUGAGGGGUGUAAAGACACUGUUUUUCUUAAUCACCAUGUUGAUUUCUCUGCUUCUGUUUUCGGCUCCGCUUCUUCUUGUUAUUGCUGAUACUCUUCUCCCUUCGGCUAUUCUAUCCGCCUCUUCUUCUUCUUCUUUGAUCUCUUUGGAAGCUCUCUCUUCCCAUUUCACUAACUACGACUUUCGGUACUCUCUUGUUGAUAUUCCGCUCAUCUCCAUUAUAAGAUCAGCUGUCAUAUUCUGCGUUUACAGCUUCUGUGACGGGCCAAGGCUUUCACAUGGACCGUAUUUGGGGAUCACAACCAUGUGUUCUCUGCUAUCUCUGGUGUUUGUUUCAUUGAAGGCUUCUUAUGUGUUUGGUGCUUCUGGUGUGGAAAGAGCAGAGUAUGUAAGAGCAACCGAAGUAGCUUUGUUCAUCUGCUCACUGGUUUUGGCUGUUGGGCAUAUUGUUGUGGCAUAUAGAACAAGUUGCAGAGAAAGAAGGAAGCUUUGGGUUUACAAAAUUGACAUUGAAGCUGUUUCAGCUUGCAAAAAUGGGUUCCCUAGAUAUCAGAAGCUUCUUCAAGAAGAAAGAGUGAAGUGAACAAUCAUACGACAUGAAGCAAAUUUUGGCCUACCAGUCUUAAGGGUCAUUUAUUUACAGAUUUAUUAAGACGAAUCAGUAGUGCAAGGCAUAGCUUCAGCCCCUUAAAACGACAUGCCGUAUGCCACAUACUACAUGUUGUAAACUGGUGGUUGUGUAUAUAUCAUUCAUUAUAGAGAGUAUAGAUAGAGGCUACCAUUGCGGCAAAUACGGUCUUUUUUUCUUCUUCUUUGUAUUCAUCAAUUGUACAGUUGAAAUUUGUAAGGAAAAGGUGUAAUACUGAAGCAACUAGCCGAAGCUUAAGCUUUUGUGAACUUGUGCUUGAAACCAAUGAAAUCGGAUGUGUUCACUCC